GACCAGCCAGGCGCAGAGAGUUACACGGGCUCGUGCUCAGACUAUGCCCGGUGUUGUACUACAGUCAGAGGGUUCAGCCACACCACCCCCAGAGGAGGCUGAAGCAGGUCCAUCAGCAGCUCCAGCGACUCCAGUACCUGUACCUCCAGCCCCCCAGCCAGGGGCGGAUGAUGGGACCCUGCGAGAGGCAGUCCAGUUAUUGACUCAAUUGGUAGCAGGGCACGUUUACAGACAGGGAGCAGGGGAUGAUCGUGUAGACAGGCGCGAUAGUCAGAGGGCCCGUGAUUUUCUGCUUUGUCGCCCACCAGAGUUUUCCGGGUCAAAGCUCGCAGAAGACCCUCAGGAGUUCAUCCGACAAAUGCAGCGUACCCAGCGAUUGAUUAGUGCCUCCGAGACAGAGUCGGUUGAGUUGGCGUCAUACCGGUUGCACGAUGUAGAGACUAAUUGGUACGAGUCUUGGAUGCUGUCCAGAGGCGAGGGUGCCCCUCCAGCCGUAUGGGGAGAGUUUACAGAGGCCUUCCUGGCCCAUUUUCUACCUCCGGAGGUGAGGCGGGCCAGAGUAGACAGAUUCCUACUGUUGAAACAGAGGGGCAGGAGUGUCAUGGAGUACAGUCUGGAGUUUGAUUCGCUGGCUAGAUAUGCGCCCGCUUAUGUCGCUGAUAUGACUGACCGGAUGCACCGGUAUGUGAUAGGGCUGGAUGAUUAUUUGGUUGACAGCUGUACGGUGAUGGCGGCCCAGACAGGGAUGGACAUUGCCCGUAUACAGGCCCACACCCAGAGCAUGGAGGACCGGCACAGAGGACGCCAGCCGGAUAGUGAUCAUGAUAGGAGAUGGCCCAAGAGGGCCAGAUUCGCGGGGUAUUCCGGAGAUUCCCAAGGCGGAUGGCCUCAGCAGCAGUCCGGUAGAUCCCUUCCUCCGUCAGGCCGGGGUACGCAGUCCGCAGGCAGACGUUUUGAUGGUGCAGGUCCGUUUGGGGCCGGCUAGAGUUUCAGAGUAUCAGGCCCGCAGACGAGUAGGGGUUCUGGUCAGUCUAGGCCACCUAUGCCCCGGUGUACCUAUUGUGGGAAGCUCCAUCCGGGGGAGUGUUAUCGCGCUACGGGCGCCUGCUAUCAUUGUGGCAGUCAAGAUCAUAUUGUGAGAGAGUGCCCGUACAAGGGUAGUUCAGGUUCAGCCCAGCCUACUGGGUCAGUUGCUGGCUCAUCUUCUCUUUCGGUAGCCAUGCGCCCCACGGGGCGAGAUAUGCCGGCACCAGUGAGUCGUGGCAGAGGUCGCGGCGGAGCUUCCAGUUCCAGCGGUCCUUCGAACCGCGUAUAUGCUUUGACCAGCCGGCAGGACCCAGGAGCGUCGCCAAGUGCAGACCCAGACUUUGAGAGUUCCGAAGCAUUGCAAAAAGGGAAAGCUCUUGCGGAGUAACCUGCAUUGUUCCAGUUCUGCAUCUGAGGUAGGUUA